UAAUUUUUGGUAAAUUUUUAUUUAUUAAGUUUACAAAACUGUAUUUGUUGGUAUCCCUGUAUAUCCGACGAUCAAAUGUAUAUUGUGUUGCACUUUUAAGCUGAAAUGUCUUUAGAUCAAACUGUGUGCGAAGAUUUAAAGGCGUUUGAGAGACGCCUCACUGAGGUUAUCGCAAGUUUACAACCGGCAACUCUACGAUGGAGGAUGUUAUUAGGUUUUAUCUCUGUUUGCACUGCUGUUGGUGCUUGGCAUUGGUUAGCAGAUCCAAAUACAUCAGCGGUAUCUUUUACUCAAAGUCUUUAUAAUCAUCCAUUCUUUACGACUGCUAGUAUCAUAUUAGUAAUAUUAUUCAUGAUGGGAGUACAUAGACGUGUAAUAGCACCGAGUAUCAUUACACAAAGAGCGAGAAGCGUAUUAGGUGAUUUUAAUAUGAGUUGUGAUGAUACUGGAAAGCUUAUUCUUAAACCUAAAAGACCUGCGCAUCCACAUGAAACUUAAAAAAGACGAUGUACAUAUAUGUUGUGUAUAUAUUAAGCUGUAAGAUCUUUGCAAAUGCCUGGAUUGCUACAUAGGGUGUCCAAAAAGGAAUGUAUAUGUAUAUCGAAGAUAUUUUUAUAUAACAAUGAGUAUAUUAUUUAUGA